AAUAAUUCAAAUAUAAUUGCAUCCAAAAAUUAUCCAGUUUUUAGAACUUCCUUUUUUUUAACAUGAAAUUCGUUUUUGCAUUUGUAGUUUUUGCUUUUGUUGGACUAUCCCUCCAAGCGGCACACCCUAAGAUCAAGAACAAAGGAGGUUUACUUUGUAAUAUAUGUGAAACCGUUGCUUCUUACAUACAAGUAUUAGCAGAAGAAGAUAUUACAGUAGAUGAAGUCACCGAAGAGAUCGAAGCUCUAUGUAAUGUUUUGCCAGGACAAAUGAAGGAACUGUGUACCGAUGAUGUCCUUCCUUAUGUCGAAAACAUUUACGACGCUCUAUAUAACCAAACAGCAGAAGAAAUAUGUGAAUCCUUAAGUUUAUGUUGAAUCCGUGAUUUUGAAUUGAAUGAAUAAUUACAUUGAUAGCUGAAAAUAAAUAAAUUUUCAUCAA